AUGACCAGCGACGCAACGCAGCACAUUGGCGCCUUUCGCCGCCUUGCGCAGGAGCGUCUGCCAUAUGCACCAGAGAUGGUCGUCGAAAAGUGGCGCAGUACCAAGUCAGGUCUUACUGUGCUUUGGGCCAACUUUGAGAGCCCCAUGCUCAAUGCGUACAUCACUGUGGCCAGCGAGAUUUUCGCCGACAGUGGUGUGCCACACACACUAGAGCAUCUCGUGUUCCUUGGCAGCCAGCAGUACCCUUACAAAGGCGUACUCGACAGCCUCGCCAACCGCGCGUUCGCGCAGGGCACCAAUGCCUGGACGGCCAACGAUCAUACGGCAUACACCCUCACGACCGCUGGUGCCGACGGGUUCUUGCGCAUGCUCCCAGUGUACUGUGACCAUGUCUUCUUCCCGACGCUCACCGACGCUGGGUUCGUCACAGAAGUGUACCAUAUCAACGGCAAGCUGGAAGAUGCCGGCGUCGUGUACUCUGAAAUGCAGGGCCGCGAAAAUUCGUGUGCAGACCUCAUGGAGCUAAAAACCCAGCGUAUGCUGUAUCCACGUACCUCUGCGUACCGCAGCGAGACUGGCGGCUUGAUGUCGGCGCUGCGUGUGCUGACCAUUGACGAUAUUCGGUUGUACCACAAGACGUACUAUACGCCACACAAUGCCGCGUUGGUCCUGUGUGGGCCGCUGGACCGCACAGCGCUCUUUGAGACGCUGCAGGCGAUCGAUCAGUGCUUCCUCGAGCAGGGCGCGGCGCACGGCGAAUACGGUCCGCCAGGUUGGCGUCGGCCGUUUGUUGAGACGCCCAGUGCUGUGCCACCAGUCAUCGAUGGACGUCAGCUGCACUGCGAGGGCGUGGACGAUGCCGAUCCACCCAUGGAUCCGCGUCGUCGGCGUGUGUUUAUUGACUUCCCGGAAAAGGACGAGAGCGUUGGUGAAGUACAGAUCUCGUGGGUCGGCCCGCCGCUGGAUGCUACGUUGGAUCUGCAUGCUCUCGAUGUGCUUGGCACGUACUUGACUGACUCGCCAGUGAGUCCGAUGCAGCAUACGUUUGUCGAGAAAGACGAGCCGCUGUGUACCGACAUCUACUUUGGGAACAACGAACGGGCGGGCGCCUCGGUCCUCUCGGCCUCGCUGGCCAGUGUGCCGACCGCCCACUUGGACGAUCUCGAUCGACAGCUGGAUACACUGCUUCGCGACGUCGCGAAGCAGGGCCUCGAUAUGUCGCGUAUGCAUACGAUUCUACGUCGCGAACGUGAGCGUUUGCUCAGCCAGCUGGAGAUGCGGCCGGCGGACUGUUUUUCAGACGUGCUUAUCCACGAAUUCCUCUAUGGCGAGCGCGAAGGUCGCGAGCUGGGUCAGGCGUUGGACGAUAUGAAGCGGUUUGAUACGUUGGAUACGUACACGAGCGACGACUGGGUGCGUGUGCUGACAACCUACCUGAUUGACAACCCACGCCUGGUCGUCGUUGGCCGCCCUUCUGCCUCGCUGGUCAUGCAGCUCAAGCAGGAGACUGAGGCGCGCGUCCAGAAACGCCGCGAGGCCUGUGGUGAAGCAGGCGCGCAGGCAUACGAAGCGGCCUUGCAGGCAGCACGCAAGGAGAACGAUGCCCCGAUCCCGCCAGCGAUCCUCGAUGCGUUUGCCGUGCCACGCAGCGAUACCAUCCAGUGGAUUAGCGUCGCGACGGCGGCCACUGGACCGACGACCGACGCCGAGCCUGCGAUACCGUCGUCGCCGGCCGAUCAGCAAUUGCAAGCGCAUAUCGACCGCGAUGGCCCUGCCACGCCGUUUUCGAUCCAGUUUGAUCACGUCCCCUCGAAGUUUGUCCUCCUGUCCGUCGUAAUAAGCACGGCGCAUGUCCCGCGUCCCCUUCGCUCGUACUUGACGCUGUAUCUCUCGAUGCUAUUCUCGCUCCCGAUUCACCGUGUGGACGGGACAAGUCUGUCGUACGAAGACGUCGUCAAGCAUCUCGACGAGGACGUGCUCGAGUACGAUGCGACCAUCGGCAUUGGCUCGAGCUUUGCCGAGUCGAUUGCUCUGGAAUUCAAAGCCCCUGCGGACAAGUAUGAAAAAGCCGUGCAGUGGGUGUACGACUUGCUGUGGCAGUCGGACUUGGCCCUGGAACGUGUAAAGAUAGCCGCGGCCAAGCUCGCACAGUCGCUGCCAGAGCAAAAACGCGAUGGCCGUGUGAUUUCGUGGGCGUUGCUUCGGUCGUUGCUCUACUCGACAACCGACUCGACGUGCGCCGCGAAUACAGUGCUGACGCAGGCUGAACAUGUCCCUGCGCUGGUGGACGCGUUGCAAAGUCGUCCAGACGAGGUCCUGGCGCAUCUACAAGAGGUCCGCCACGCCCUUCUUCACCCGGCACACAUGCGCAUUAGCGUGGCAGGCGAUGUUCAUGCGCUCGCACACCCUGUCGCUCCAUGGCGGAAUGUGUUGCCGACCACGCCAUGUGCCUCGCUGACGCCCCUGCCAUGGGCCAGCGACGUGCUGAACACCCUGGGUCACGCUCCGCAGCGUGAGGGCCAGCUGUGUAUCGUGCCGGCCAUUGAAAGCUCUUAUGCGGUGUUCACAUCCAAAGGUUUGCGUGGCUACACGGACGACGACUAUGCGCCACUGGUCGUCACACUGACGCUGCUCAACGCCAUGGAAUCGUUCCUGUGGCGCUACAUUCGUGGCGCAGGUCUUGCGUAUGGCGCCUCGAUUCGCAACGAUGCCGAGGCCCAGCACUUGCACUUUAUUCUCUAUCGCGCGCCGGACGCCGCCAAGGCGUUUGUGGAGGCACGCAAAGUGAUCCAGGCAUUGGCGCAUGGCACACCGUUGGACGACGAGAGCGUCCCUACCUUUGACGAGACCAUGCUUGAGACGGCAAAGUCGAGCUUGCACUUUUCCGUGGCGGACGCGGAGAGCACCGUGGGUGCGGCGGCGCUGGAAAGCUUUGUCGAUAUUCGUCUCAAACGUGUCGGCCGUGGCCGUGGUCAGCGUCUGCUCCAACGUGCAAGUCAGGUGACGCUGCAGGAUGUGCAGCGCUGCGUCACACAAUACCUACUUCCCCUCUUUGCGUCGGAGACGUCGGUGUGUGCGAUUGCCAGCGCUCCUUCCACAGCCGAGUCCAUUCGCGCGCAGCUCAUGGCACUAGGGUACGAGAUGACCGACGUGGAUAUGCCAGGCGGUCAUGCCUCGGAUAGUAGUAGCAGCAGCGGCAGCGACAGCGACAGCAGCUCCGAGAGCGAUCGCGAAUAG